GAUUAAUUUUUGUUUAUUAAAAUGAGGCAAUAUGUCAAAUGUACAUUAUAUUGUAAAAUUAAAUAAUGUUUGUGAAGUUAAAGAAAUGUUCUGUAUAAACUGUUUUCCAAAAAUAUGGAAACGUCAUGUUGGGAAGUUACAACUAUUCAAAUAAUUGUCCAUAUGACGUAAUUUUUAUUCUUGUAUAAGUAAAUAAAGGCAAGCUUUAAGGACGCAAUAACCAUCCUCGUUGCUUACAAUUUCUGCAGUCAUGGAAGACUACAAAUUCUUAUUUAAAGUUGUGUUAGUAGGUAAUGCAGGUGUUGGGAAAACAUGUUUAGUGAGACGUUUUACACAAGGACUCUUUCCACCUGGGCAAGGUGCAACAAUUGGUGUAGAUUUUAUGAUAAAAACUGUGGAAGUUGAUGGAGAAAAAGUAAAAUUACAAAUUUGGGAUACAGCUGGUCAGGAACGCUUUCGUUCCAUCACACAAAGUUAUUAUCGUUCAGCUCAUGCUUUAAUCCUAGUUUAUGACAUUUCUUGCCAGCCAACAUUUGAUUGCUUGCCAGAUUGGUUACGAGAAAUUGAAGAAUAUGCUAGCAGUAAAGUCUUGAGGAUAUUAGUUGGUAAUAAAAUAGACAGAGAGGACAGAGAAAUACCAGUUCAUGUAGGUGAAGAUUUUGCUUCAAGACAUAACAUGUAUUUUUUAGAAACAUCUGCCAAAGAAGCUGACAAUGUAGAAAAAUUGUUUAUGAAAAUUGCAGAAGAUUUGAUGCAGCAAGCUCGAAGUAAAGACCUAUUGCGUUAUGACAAAGACACUGCUAAUAUUACUGGGAAAACAUCAGUAAUAACUGAUUCCAACUGUUGCAGUCGUUUAACAUAAAGUUGUGUUGUAUAUCAACUUAUAAUUUAUCUGUUACGAGCUUUAAUAAUUGCUCCUCAGGUACCUUUUUAUUAUUGUAUGUAUUUAACAUCUAAAGAGAUUUAUAUAUGGUUGUGUUGACAGUUUCUCUUAUUAAUUUUUAAUGUUUCCUAAAGAAAACCAUAAAGACGUAAGCUUUUACAAUUAGGAAAUCAUACGUGAUAAGUUGAUUUUGUUACAAUUCCUUUUAUACUUUUAUAUAUAUACUUUUAAUGCAUUAACUAAACUUUAAGCAUAUCGUAGAAUAAAGUAAAUAAUAAUUAAUUUUUGCAAAAACUUUCUGUUAUUGUUGCACAUGGUAAAAAAGGUCUACUAUUUUUUUUUUAUCAUUGCUUCUCAAUUUUAAAUGUACCUGUUAAUUAAUUUUAAAAUGUUAACAAAAAAUAUACCAAUAAGAGUAAACCAACACAUCAAAACAGUUUUGUUUCUCCCAUUUUAAUGCUUUGCUUCUACAACGAAUCAGUGAAGAAAUUUAGGGCUUAUUUUCUUGAAGUUAGGUCUUGUUGUAAAAUUAAAAUUGGAUAUAACAAA